AUGGAGAGGACCCCAAGCUUCAACCUGACGGGCCGGGUGCUCUCGGCGGGUAGGUGCCCUUUCCCCCCGUGCCCCAGCAGCAGCGGGGUCAGCGCCCCCCACCCGCCGCCCGCUCCUUCCACCGCCAGACCCUCGGUCAGCGCCGGCCCCGCCGGCCCGGGGGCACGGCAGCGCGUCCCGAGACCGCGAAGCAGCAGCGGGGGCGCGGACAGCCCCGGGCGGACACGGUGUCCCCGCUGCCCCGCCGAACGCCACCGCAAGGGCCCUCUGCGCCGCCGCCGCCCCGAGCGCUCCCGACGGGAAUCGCCGCACCGCUCCCCGCGCCCGGGACGCGCCGCAGACAGCGCGCAUCCCUCGGCCCGGCCCCGGCGCUCCCCGCCUGCCCCCCUCACGCCCCCGCCGCCGCCGCCCUUCCUCCCCGGGCUCCCCGGCCCGCCCAGGCUCCUCCUCCUCCUUUCUCUCAGCGCACCCUCCCUCCCUUCCUCACGCCCUCCCUCCCGCCGCCGGCGCCCGCAGCCCCUGGCCGGACUUUGCUUUCGCUCCUCCAUCUCCCGUCGGCGCUGCCGUGGCCCCCGCCCCGCCCGCCGCGUCCGGCCGUGCCGGGGCAGCCGGGCCAGGGGCGGCCCGGGGCUAUGA